AUGGCCGAACGCGACCCCGAUCCCUCCCAGCCCGACGAACAUGAAGACAACGACAUGCUCGACCCCGAAGAAGCCGAAGAAAUCGUCUCAGACGACGGAGAUGCCGCAAUGGACUCGGGCGAGGAGAACGAAGAGACAGAACAGACCAUCGAACUCAUAAACAACAGCUCCGCCCAUUUCGACCAGCACAAGGACAGCAUCUUCUGCAUCGCGCAACAUCCUCUCCGGCCGGAGAUCGUAGUCACAGGAGGGGGAGACGAUAUCGCCUAUGUGUGGGACACAACACCGCCUGAGAAACCCGUACUCCCGGGGGAUUGGGCGACGGAUGGACAGCCGCGGGAGAGACGGGGGAAUCAGGUGUUGGCGAGGUUAGAAGGGCAGGAUGAGAGCGUGAAUGCGGUUUGCUUCACGCUGCCGAAGGGAGAGUAUGUGGUCACUGCGACUCUUGCCGGGAAGAUGAAUGUCUACAGCACGCAGAAGAAUUUCAAGCUGGCGGGCAGUGUCAAGGAGGUUGAGGAGAUCAAUUGGCUGGCUCCCUGUCCGAACGCGACGUACCCGAACACCGUGGCUUUUGGUGCGAAUGAUGGGAGUGUAUGGGUGUACACGAUGGGAGCGGACGGCGAAUUGAGCAUGGUGCAGACGUUUUUCCUGCAUCAGGGAUCGUGUACGGCUGGAGCGUGGACGCCAGAUGGCAAAAUGCUGGCGACAGUAGCGGAAGAUUGCAGUCUCUAUGUCUACGACGUCUUUGGGGAUGCAGCAGCUGCAGGUAUUACGGAUCCGAACGGCGGGCAGGCAGUAGUUGGUUUGACGGGUGAGGACGAAAGAUUCAGGGUGGAGGGUGGGUUGUACAGCGUUGCAAUCUCACCAGGAGGCGGCAUUGUUGCCGUGGGAGGAGCAGAAGGACACAUUCGAGUAGUCGGACUGCCGCGAUUAUCAAUGCCAGCCAAUAGCACUGCUGGGGCAAAAGGCGCUGGCGCAAAAUCGAAAGCAGGAGGUUCCAAACAAGCCGGCGGACCGAAACCGCCUACAUCAGCAACACCCGCAUCAGCAGGUCAAGCGGGUCAAAUCCUCGCAGCGUUACAAGCUCAAAGCGACGGCGUGGAGACUCUCGACUUCUCACAGCCACCUCUCACCCUCCUCGCAGCAGGAAGUGUAGACGGCUCCAUCGCUCUCUUCGACGCAGCGCACAACUUUGCCGUGCGGAGACAGAUCCGAGAAGCACACGAAGAACAUCCCGUGAUCAAGGUGGAAUUCGUGAAGACGCCGCUGGGAACGUCGAAUCCUUCGGGUCAUGUGCUUACUACAUGUGGGAACGAUGGGGUGAUAAGACGAUGGGACGUGAGGGGUGGGACGGCUGCGGCGGCGAAUGGCGCGCUGGGUGAGUGGAGGGGUCAUCGAGGUGGCGGUGAGGGUGGUGGGAUUUUUGGGUUUGUGCAAGGCGGUGGAGGCAGGAGGGUUGUCACGGCAGGCGAUGAUGGGAUAUCGCUCGUGUUUGAUAUAGAUGCGUAG